GUUAUUUAAAAGUGAAAUAAAUUUAUAGUUAUACUUACCUUUAUCACAAUUUAUUUAAUAUUUUUAAAAUUGACAACUAGGUACCUGAAUUAAAUUCAGAGUUAAAAUUGACAUUUUUUUUGGCAGGCAUGUCUUGAGAGUACAAAUUGAUUUUUUUAAUAAAAUAAUUAUUUGUUUUUAGUUUUUUUUAGGAAUUACAAAUAAUGUGUAACGUAGACACUUUCUAUGCAAAAUACAGAAUAUUGGAUAAAAUUGGUGAAGGAUCUUUUUCUGAUGUUCUCAGAUGCCAACACAAGUCUACGGGGUUGUUGUAUGCUGCAAAAAGGUUAAAGAAACAUUACAAAUCAGAAUCAUCAGUAUUAACAUGCGCGGAAGUGGUUGCUGCUCAGAAGAUACCCUUUCACGUGAACAUAUUGAACAUGUUUGAGUACCAUUACGACUCAUUUUCAGGUCAGGUAACCUUCGUUUUUGAACUGAUGGAUAUGAGUUUAUAUGAUCAUUUGAAGGCUAGGAAAAAAGCCAGUACAAAUCCAAGGGGUUUGAUUGAGACCAAAGCUAAGGAAUAUUUGUACCAGUUACUGAGAGGAUUGGAACAUUUACACAGAAACGGUUUAUUCCAUCGCGAUGUGAAACCUGAGAAUAUCUUGAUCAAAUUCCCCUCUACUGAAUCAACACGAUUGUAUCGUAUGAAAAAAUAUGAAAUAAUAAAAUUAGCGGAUCUGGGUUCAGUAAGAGGUAUAUACAGUGUACCUCCAUAUACCGAAUAUAUCUCGACCAGAUGGUAUAGAUCUCCAGAAUGUUUGCUGACCAACGGAAAUUACGGACCUAAAAUGGACGUGUGGGCUGUUGGCUGCGUGUUCUACGAAAUGAUUACUUUAUUGCCGUUGUUUCCUGGAAGUAACGAAAUAGACCAGCUCUCGAAAAUCCAUCAAAUUGUAGGAUCGCCACCUAUACAAUUUUUGAGUAAAUUAAAAUCAAGGUUGGUAUAUACG